CUCAAGCUCAGGCUUAGCCACCGCAAGGGUGAAGAGCGCCCACGAUGGAGACAACUGAGACUGAGAGCUGGGCAAGAUUUCGUCCUGCAAAGCAGGCCAAACCACCGAGUGGGCCUCGCUACUACAGGCACUGGGGUCCGAAUUUCCGAGAUAAACCGGCAGUUGGAAUUGGCCACUUUGCUCUUUGGCGCAAUCGCUUCCUGGAAGGUCCACCCAAAACUGCUGUAGAGUUUCGAAAGAAGAACAAGAAGCCCAUCAGACCAAGUACCGCUAGAGAAGACAUACCACGGAUACCAACUCCUCCAUUGCCGGGAGUGGCGGAAGACUGGACAGACUUUGCCUUGGUCGAUCACGAAGCCGAGAGGCUCGAGGCACUCGAAACACCUGUCCAGAGAAGGCCCACUCCCCCCCCUGAAACGCCCCGAACACCAAAAGCUCAAGUGACACAAGCAGCACAAGCAAGGCAUGCGGAGGCUGCAGAGGGCGGUUCAACCAACCAGAACCUGCAGAAAGCACAGAAAGUGCAGAGUCAACGUCGGUCCUUGUCUCAGAGACAAAGACCAGCCAUGGGCAAUGACAUGGGGAGAAAGCAUGAUAAGCUUGGCAGAGUCCAAGGAGGCAUCGUACCAGUGGCCACCAGUGAGCCACCAAGUUUCGGUUAUGGCAUCCCUGCAGUAUUGAAGCCUUUACCACCUUGCGCUGUUGCUACGUAUGCUGUGGAAGCAGCUGACAUUUCAUCGGAGGAGCGCUUUCGAAGCACCUACACAGAUCAGUUUCGGGACAUCCCUUUGGCUGCUGCUACUUUUCAGGCUCCUGACUACUUGCCGAUGCGCUUUGUACCAGCUGCUAACCGCCAUGUGAAAGACAUCGCACUCAAUGUGCUUGGGGCUCAUGUGGCAAGAAAAGGCUGAAGUCGCGCAUUGUGCGCCAUGCCAACCCUGUCAGAUUAAGUUUCACGCCAAAAGAAUCUUAAGAUAAUUGUAUAUACAUCCAGCAAUCAGGCAAUCAGCACUCGAAAUUCCCAGGAGUGCUACCCAAAUCGUUCGAAUUCAUCAUUUAGCAAGCAGCGGAAGACACGCAGCUGUUGUGCACGUUGCUCCCGAAAGGGCUCUUAGAUGACAAAGAUACUGCGUGGCAUGGCGAGUUGUUGUAAUGGAAAA